CGCACUGUGUUUACUUCCGUCAAUAUCAUCUCCUGCAUAUCUCUGCAGGCAGAGAGGAGACAAGAAGCAGAAGACACCAGAAGAUACAACAAAAGAGUCGCUUAAGGUGUUUGAUGUUGCAGCGCCCCGCCCUGCUCACAUUCCCACACCCCUCCCAGCUAAAAUGCCUUUCUUGGGCAAGGACUGGAGGUCACCAGGAUGGAGCUGGAGAAAGACCGAGCACGGCUGGAAGAGGAUUAUCUACUAUGAACACGAGUUGGAAGAUAACAGAGAAAUAGAGUUGAAAGAGCUCUGCAGUGACAACAAAGACAAUCUGUUUGCUGGAGAUGUGUGUGAGCUUGCCACCACAAAGAGGAAAAAGGACCUCGACAACAAUAACACCAAGUCUCAGUUUGUUUUCGAGGAUAAAUGGAUCUACGUGCAGAAAGGAAGCACAAAAGAACUACAUGGAUACUGCACGCUCGGUGAAGCCCUCAACCGUCUAGACUUUUCCAGUGCCAUUCAGGACUUGAGAAGAUUCAACUAUGUUGCAAAACUUUUCCAGUUAAUAGCCAGGUCUGAGCUGAGGUCUUUGAGUGGAGCUGCACAGAAAAACUAUUUCAAUAUACUGGAGAAGAUUGUACGAAAGGUUCUAGACGACCACUACAACCCGCGUCUCGUCAAGGAUUUGCUGAAGGACCUAAGCAUGACGCUGCACGGUCUGACCAUCCAUGCUGGCAGGUGUGUCCUUGUCGGCAACAUCAACACCUGGCUGUGCCGACUGGAGAUCAUUCACAAAUGGAAGCAGCAGGUCAACAACUUGCAGAUCCCCAAGCAAAUGUGCAACGGCUUGUCAUUGAACGACCUGCCGCUACACAUGCAGAACAAGAUCCUCUGCAAGUUAUCUGAUGCCUGUGACAUUAUUAACCUGGGGCAGGCCACGCCUACUAUGCACAGCCUCAGCGAGGACCGGAUACUGUGGAAGAAACUCUGCCACUUUCACUUCUCGGACAAACAGUUCUGUACGAAUCUGGUCCUAUCCAAGAGUGAUAACGUGGACUGGAAGCUGAUGUACUUCACCCUGAAGAAACACUAUCCAAUGAGGGAGCAGUACGGCGACACCUUGCACUUCUGCAAACACUGUCACAUCCUCUUCUGGAUGGAUCGCCACCUGGCUUUGUUGAUCAAGGACUGUGGCCAUCCGUGCUCAGCCGUCGAUCCAGACAGCUGCCACAUGCCCAUUUCUCCGCAGCACUUUAUCGACCUCUUCCAGUUCUGAACCUUCCCGUUUACUCUCACUCCCAAGCCAAGAGUGUGUACGAGACCUCGAUGUUGUUCACCCAAAUACAAAGGGCUUCAACUGAAAGAGAUGACUUUUUUUUUUAUGUCUUCAUUUUCCUUAACGCACAAGUGUUUCCAUGAGACAUAAGAAAGAUUUUUAAAAAUAUUGGUGAAGGGUGAAAUCUAACAAACGUUUAUGUUUUUCCUCGUCCUGCACAAAUGUUUGUCUUCUUGACAAUUUACGACAGAGGAAAAAUAAUAUGUAAAUGUAAUAUGUGAAAGGAUUUAUAUGUGAGCUGUAGCAUGUUUAUGGUAGGUACAGUAAAUGGUGAUAGGUCAUAUUUAAGGGUUGUUUUUUAUUAUGGAAAAAGGUGAAUGUUUACAGUGUGGCAGAAUAAGAUGACUCGUAUUAAUUAUUUAUUUAAUGGGGUUAAACUACUGUUCUGUUUUGGUGGUAUUUUUCUGCAAUAACUGAAUUCAUGUCAUGUUUACAUACUGUACGUUGUCCUUUGUGAAGUCUUACUGUGCUCUGUUUUCAUUGGAAGCAUCAACACUAAGAGAAAAUAAUGUUAAACUCCAUUAGCCGUUCAGGUUUUUACAAUCUACUUUUGUCAGAACUGUCAAGUGAUGUCAUGUUAGACAUUAUUUAUGGGGGGGGGGGGGAAUGUGUAUCCUUCCUCCAACUUUUGUAUUAUUCCUUUGUUGUCCCAAUACUCCUGAUGGUACAUCAUGACUUUGAUGGGACAGGAACUAGCUAUAAAUAAUUAAAUAUUUCUAAAAUAUUUCUGUUCUUCAUUUUAUACUGGCUGUUAAAUUCCCAUCAAAGCUCCGGCCCUCCUUCAACCUGAGCAGAUGUCUAAUCAGCCAGAAUAACUGAAAAUACUUGUGUGGGAGUUCUGAGAAUUUAACAGCGUGUUUUAUGAGUGUCUGACCAGCUUUAAAUGUCUGCUGAUAAAAAACUUGGGAAGACUG